AACCGGAUAUGCCUUUACCACCACCUCCACGAAUUGAACUCAGAGGAACUCCUCGAGAAGUAGGACUUAUUUCUCUCCCUUGGCGACCGCUUACGUGUAGAAGGUUGGCAUUGAACAUGGCAAGAGGCUAUCACAGCAGAUCCGAAGUCAGAUACAAGUCUACGAAGCCAUGUUUCAGCGGACAUCUAACUUGAACUGGACUGCCGUCCGAGAUAUCAGUAACGAAUAUCGAGAGACCAUUUCGACCCUUACUCCGAAUAUAUAUGAAGAAAUGGAAGGAAUUGCCGAAGGGGCAGGCCUUGAUAUCCUAGACAUCGUGGCACUCAAUGCGAGAUCAGAGAUCGCUCUUGGACUCUUCUCCGAUGGUUGUACGAGUCUAGGUUGGAAAAUACCCUCCACUGGCCAGAUAUUCUUGGCUCAGAACUGGGAUUGGGUUCCGCCAGUGCAAGGAAACCUCGCCAUGGUCUCGAUCGAACAACCUGGUUUACCCAAGAUUCACAUGGUCGCUGAGGCAGGAAUUGUAGGAAAAAUAGGAUUCAACUCUGCAUCGGUGGGGGUGUGUCUCAAUGCUAUUCGAGCACAUCCAACAAAUGCAAAGAAACUUCCGAUCCAUGUUGCCCUCCGUCUAUGUCUACAAUCGACCUCCUUAAAAGCAGCGGUUCACAAGCUGGAGUCCUUAAGUGGCGUUGCCUCCGCUCAGCAUAUCCUCAUUGCAGAUCCUACGGGUUCCAUGGGACUGGAACUCUCACCUCUCGGCAACGCCUACAUUUUCCCUAACCAACACGGCUUUAUCACCCACACCAAUCAUUUUCUCUCAAAUCGCUCCACUGGGCUUCAAGAACCUCUCUGGGAGGGAAUCGGAACGAUUGAAAGGCUGGAAAGGGUUAAUCAUUUGUUAGGCGAUUGGGCCAAAACCCAAAAGCGACCGGUGCAUGCAGAAACUCUUCGACAACAGCUGUUCUCAGAUACUCUCAAUGCACCCGUCUCUAUAUGUGCGCAAGGGAACCCAGAACGGCCAAUCGAGACCAGGAGUCGAACUCUUUUUUGCAUCGUCAUGAAGUUGGGUCGGGAGGGUAGCCCACCAUCGGCUGAAGUGGUUUGGGGAAGGCCAGGAAACGAGGAGGAGACAGGAAACAACGUUUUGAAGAUGCCGUGGACCUCAUAAUAUAGGUGUUCAUACUGAGACUUCCUAAGCAGAAUUUUCAUGAUUAGCACUCGCUUGUCAGUGGUUCUGUCUACUAAUGCUGACACGAGG